CCCCGCCCACCAGCUGAAGAGUGGUUCUGCGGCUGCGCACUGCACACCGUGGGGGCGGGGCUACGACGCUGGACCACGUGGCCGCGACCGGCCGGGCAAGAUGGCGGCGUCCUGCGUGGCGCUGCUGGCCCUGUGUCUGCUGUUGCCGCCGCUGCUGCUGCUGCUGCUGGGCGCGUGGAGGCGCUGGCCGCGGGGGCGCGCGGCCCGGCACGUGCUGGUCGUGGUGCUGGGCGACGUGGGCCGCAGCCCCCGCAUGCAGUACCACGCGCUGUCGCUGGCGGGGUGCGGCUUCUCCGUGACGUUGCUGGGCUUCUGCGACUCCAAACCCCGAGAUGAGCUCUUGCAGAAUGACAGAAUUCACAUUGUGAAGUUGACAGAACUUCAGCAUCUUGCAGUUGGGCCCCGAAUUGUCCAGUAUGGAGUGAAAGUUGUGUUUCAGACAGUGCACUUGCUGUGGAAAUUGAUGUGGACUGAGCCAGCGGGCUACAUCUUUCUCCAGAACCCCCCGGGCCUGCCUGGCAUCGCCGUCUGCUGGUUUGUGUGCUGCCUUUGCAGGAGCAAGCUGGUCACCGAUUGGCACAAUUACGGCUACUCCAUCAUGGGCCUGGCGCACGGCCCGCAGCACCCGCUUGUCCUGUUGGCUAAGGGGUAUGAGAGGCUCUUUGGGCGUCUGUCCCACCUGAACCUGUGUGUGACCAACGCCAUGCGGGAAGACCUGGCAGAGAACUGGGGCAUCAGGGCUCUGACUGUCUAUGACAGGCCGGCGUCUUUCUUUAAGGAGAUGCCCCUCGAGCUGCAGCACGAGCUCUUCAUGAAGCUGGGCCGCACCCACUGUCCUUUCCAGGCACGUUCUGAGCCCUCGGACCCCGCCACAGAGAGGUCGGCCUUCACCGAGAAGGAUGCCGGGAGCGGGCUGGUGACGCACCUUCCUGAGCGGCCAGUGCUGCUGGUGAGCAGCACCAGCUGGACAGAGGACGAGGACUUCUCCGUCCUGCUGGCCGCAUUAGAAAAGUUUGAGCAGCUGACUCUCGGCGGGGCUGGCCUGCCUUCCCUCGUGUGUGUGAUAACAGGCAAAGGGCCGCUGAAGGAGUACUACGGCCGCCUCAUCCGCCGCAAGAGCUUCCGGCAUGUCCAGAUCUGCACGCCCUGGCUGGAGGCCGAGGACUACCCGCUGCUGCUAGGGUCGGCGGACCUGGGCGUGUGUCUGCACAGGUCGUCCAGCGGGCUGGACCUGCCCAUGAAGGUGGUGGACAUGUUUGGGUGCUGCCUGCCUGUGUGCGCCGUGAACUUCAAGUGUUUGCACGAGCUCGUGAGGCACGGAGAAAACGGCCUGGUGUUCGAGGAUGCGGAGGAACUGGCAGCUCAGCUGCAGAGGCUUUUCUCCAAGUUUCCUGACCCCACUGGUGAACUACAGCAGUUCCGCGAGAACCUCAGGAGUGCAGAGCAGCUCCGGUGGGACGAGAGCUGGAGGCGGACCGUUCUCCCCUUGGUGGACUGACCCUGGGGCCUGGGGCCACUGUUAUUGAGUGCCCCCCAGUGGCCAGAGGCGGGAAGGACCGCAGCAGGCACUCCGCGGCGCUGACCUAGGGGCUGCUUGGCCCAGAUCCCAGGCCUGAGACUGGGUUUGUCUCCUGCAGUGGGACCAAGAAUUGUGAUGUAGAGCACACACGGGCUGGGGACACACGUGGCAAAUACAUACUUAUUUACACAGAGGACCCGGUCUGAGAGCCCGGAAGCAGCACCCCCUCGUGCCCGCUGCCUCUUCUCAGGAACGUUGGUGGUUCUGACUCAGAAUUUAACCCUUCACAGGGUGGAGGCAGUGUGGUUCACAGAGCCCCUU